UCUGAGCAAGUGAGACGUGUCGGGAGAACAAUGCGAGGUUAUCCCCAAAAAAAAUGUUUUCCCGAAGACCCAGAGCAUACUGAACACACAAGUCUGCUUUCCUCAUCACCACGCGAUGCAGGUUCUCCAGGUUCAAAGCCAUCCUCACCCCAGGGCCAGUAUCAGGGCUUUGGACACACGAUUACUACCCAGAAUGCAGCUGUUGUAUCCAAGUUGUGUGAAGUCAUGAUUGACAUCCCACACGACCAGGGCCCUCCUGAUGAUGCAGGCCAAUAUCCAGACUUGGAAGACACAGUUUCAUCACAGGACACGCUCUCUGCAGACCAGAUAUCUGAAGAAGCCAUGAAUGACAUCCCAGAUGAGCAGAAGAAACUCCUUGACACAGCAGACUCCUAGAGAGUUGCCACAGCUCAGAAUGUUCAAAAUUUCAGAUAGGCAAAGCCAGAUAUAACUACUAUAUAAUACUAAUACAUACAUGUUAGUAUAUAUAUUUGUAUAUGUUUUAUAUAUCACAAAUAACAUUUAAAUUUCCUAGGCUUUGGCUUUCUUAAACUCUUAGGGUUUCAUAUAUUCAAACAGUAGGUAACAACUUCAGCUGAGUGCUCUUGCAUUUCUCAAGAGGAUGGACAUUCGAAGAUAAAAAAAUAAAAAAAAAAUCAGUGCUUCUUACCACUGCAUGAAUGUAAUGCUCUGGACUGAAAAUGUAAAUAUAAAAUUCAGAUUAAUUUAAUUUAAUCAUAAUCAUGUGCCAUUUAAGUGUACAUAAUUACACUUCAAUUACAUGUCUUUCAAUAAAUCUAGUAUUGUUUUCUGAAACUC